GGCUGACGCACUGACGCCGGAGGCCAAAACAAAGAACGAAACCACCACCGCUGUACGACCCGUGCAAACGCACGCUGUCCAGACCAGAUUCCAACGGCAAGCAGAGCAGACGCCGAAAAACCAGCUCGAUCGUCUCGAAACACCAAUCAUUUCUAUUCAUUCCGCUAGUCGCCGAGUCCAACCCCGGUGGCGCCCGGUCGGCGUCCCACGUUUUUCCUCUCUUUUCACCGUCGUCUCGGCCAUAAAAAACGCCGCGCGCCUCACAACCCCACCCAAACGUCGUCGGCUCGUCGCCAACACGAAGCGAAAACGAGAAGAAGAAAAAAUCCCUCUCCUCGUCGUACGGUCGUCGCGCGUAGUAAGCUCAAGCUCAGUAGGGGAAUCGAGGAUGUCGUCGUCGUCGUCGACGUCCCCGCGGUUCGGCUCGAUGAUAAGCGCGAAGCUGGCGUCGCCGCCGCCGUCGCUGCUCCUCCCGCCGUCGCCUCGCCUACAGGGCCGCCGCCUGACGCCGCCCUCGUGCACGCCCGGCACCCCCGCCGCGCUGCCGAGCCCGGGGCCGGACAAGGAGCCGGAGCGGGAGGCGGCGGGGUCGGGGUCCGGGUCGGCCACCACCCCGCGCUCCCCCGCGCAGCUCGGGAGCUCGCAGCUGCACCGGUGGUCGCGGGCCCGCGCGCACCGGUCCGGGCGGCGGCUGGAGUGGCCGACGAUACGGGACCGCGGCAGCGGCGGGGCCUCGUCGCCGCCGACCCCGACCAGGCCGCACCCGUCGUCCGACGAGGCGGCGUCCGCGGCGGCGAAGGUCGCGGUGGAGGAGGAGGAUGGCUACGGGGUGGUUGGGAGGGACGAGGCGGCGAAGUCGAUCUACAUGGUGUCCGACGGGACGGGGUGGACGGCGGAGCACUCCGUCAACGCCGCGCUCGGCCAGUUCGAGCACUGCCUCGUCGACCGCGGCUGCGCCGUCAACACACACCUCUUCAACGGGAUUGAUGACAUGGAUAGACUUAUUGAGAUAGUAAAGCAAGCAGCAAAAGAAGGAGCACUGGUUUUAUAUACUCUUGCUGAUCCUUCAAUGGCUGAGGCAACUAAGAAGGCCUGUGAGCUUUGGGGUGUUCCAUCCAAUGAUAUUCUUCGUCCUACUAUUGAAGCCAUAGCUUCCCAUAUUGGUGUUGCUCCAUCUGGAAUUCCACGAAGUUCUCCUAGCCGGAAGGGUCAACUUACUGAGGAUUACUUCCGACGAAUUGAAGCUAUUGAUUUUACCAUCAAACAAGAUGACGGUGCUCAGCCACAGAACCUUAACCGUGCACACAUUGUACUUGUUGGUGUUUCACGUACUGGAAAGACACCAUUGUCAAUAUAUCUGGCUCAAAAAGGGUAUAAAGUGGCAAAUGUUCCAAUUGUAAUGGGAGUGAAUCUUCCAAAGUCCCUUUUUGAGAUUGAUCAAGACAAGAUUUUUGGAUUGACAAUAAACCCUGUGGUUCUUCAAGCAAUCAGGAAGGCAAGGGCCAAAACUCUAGGAUUUCAUGGGCAAAAAAGCAAUUAUGCUGAAAUGGAACAUGUCAGGGGGGAGUUGGAUCAUGCCAAUCAAAUUUUCGCCCAGCAUCCUAUAUGGCCAGUCAUCGAAGUCACUGGAAAAGCUAUAGAGGAAACAGCUGCUGUCGUUGUGAGGAUAUUCCAUGAUAGGAAACAGAAGUGCGCCAUGCCACGCAUAUCAAAACGUGACAUCUAUUUUGUGGCUGCUUUUCGCACUACGCAAAUUAUCUUGUGGAUAUGUGGUUGUAAGUACCAGAAUGGAGCUCUGGUAAGAUGUGCUUCAACCAAUAUUGUAGUUUGUCUGCUAGACCAGGGCCAUCCUGAACCAUACCUCCAGUCACUGAAGUCUGGUUGAGCUGAUCAGAAAUCUGGUUAGAUGGAAAUUGCAGCAGCAGCUCAAGGGGAAAAUGUUCCAAAGAUAUAGUCCUUGUUGCACACUUGAUACUAUGUUUGCGUCUGAUAAAAAGUGGGAAUAAAUUCACAAUUCAGUCUUUUCAAAUGGCAAACUACAUACGUUUAUCAUCUAUUUCCUGAGUAGUAUGUAAUGGCAGCUGUGGCUGUCAAUCAACUGCAUGGUUGCAUCCUGAAAAAUGCCGGAUAUAGUCAUUGUUAUUUUCAUUGUGUUGAAAAA